UCUCCAUGCGUUGUUUCAACACAAGAUCAACAAGACACAAUAUUGAGAUAACUAAUACUCAUAUUCAACAAAUAUGAAGAUCACUAAAUUUCUAGGGCUCUCCUUCCUUCUCUUUGCCUUCGCAGCAACUUCAUUUCCUGAGGGCGUUCAUGCCGAAGAUCCUGCAGCAGUGCUCGAUUUCUACGGUCGUGAGGUGCAAGCUGGUGCAAGCUAUUUAAUCGAUCAAGAAGAUAUUCGUGUGGUCAAUGCGACUAUCAACCCCAUAUGCAAUUCAGAUGUUAUACUUUCCACCGGGAACGAGGGCCUCCCAGUAACAUUUUCACCAGUUAUAAAUUCCACCGAUGGUGUCAUCCGCGAAGGAACUUUGAUUACUGUGAGCUUUGAUGCAAGCACAUGUCGGAUGGCAGGCGUGACACCCAUGUGGAAGAUUGGAUUCAAUUCGACAGCCAAAGGAUACAUUGUGACCACAGGAGGUGUUGAUAGAUUGAAUCGGUUUAAGAUCACCAAGUAUGAAGGUGAUAGUAGUUUUUAUCAGCUUUCUUAUUGUCCAAACUCCGAACCCUUCUGUGAAUGCCCAUGCGUCCCAGUUGGCGCCAACAGUGACAAGUACUUGGCUCCCAAUGUCAGCUAUGCUGAUUUUAGGUUUAAACCGGUUGCGCGCAUUGAGAGCACAUAAAAUGGAGAAUAAAAUGGUGUCAGAAUGAUAUUGAGGGAAGUCGAUUGCCUAUUAUCAUGUUUGAACCAGAACUAUUAUCUACUGCAAUCCUGUAUGCGGGAUCUCGAAUGCCUACUAUCAUAUGUUGGGCAUAAAUAAAACUUGAAUAAAUAAUAAGCUUUUUAGCUU